AUGAAAUUAAUCUAUAUUAUCGUAUUCAUUUUUUAUUUAAAUACUAUUGAUGGUUUACCACAAGUACGUGUAUAUCCACAAUCAGCUGUAAUAUCAUCAUCAUCUGAAGUACGAUUAUUAUGUGAAAGUAGUGAUACACCAUUUGUAUCCGUUGCUUAUUGGACUCAUGUUGGACAACGUAUUGAAUUGAAUCCAUCGAUAAUUGAAAUGCAUGAUAAUGAAUUACGAAUAUUUCAAUUUGGUGACACUGCAUAUACACAACCGGGUGCUUAUGCUUGUGUUGUUUCAACUCGUUAUGGUUUACUUGAAAGUGAACCAGCUAUGUUAAGUUUACCAACAUUGGAUCCUUUUAAAACGUUAACUAAUGAAAAUAAUAUUCUUAAUUUAACUGAAGAUAAUAUUGCUGUUAUACCAUGUGAAUUACCAAAUGGUAAUCCAAGACCAAUACCAAUUUUUACAUUAGAUAAUAAACCGUUAGAUAUUGAAUCGAAAUCAAAUCGAUACAAAUUUUUACCUAGUGGAAAUUUACAUAUUACCGAUAUAAAACAAUCCGAUGCAGGAAAAUAUCAAUGUUCAGCUAAAAAUCCAUUAACUGGACAAAUUGUAAAUAAUAGUCAAACAACAAUUUUACAAAUUUUUAAUAAACCAUUAAAUAAUCAAGAUCGUAUACCAUUGACAACUGUAUAUAAACCACCUGUUGCUUCAAGAGUUCUUGUUGGAAAUAAUUUUUCCAUUGAAUGUGUUAUUGCUGGUUGGCCAAAACCAAUUGUUGAAUGGGAAAAAUAUGGUGAUAUAUUACCUGAAAAACGAAAUGAAGUUUUACACGGUACAUUACAUUUAUAUGAUAUACAUUUGGAUGAUCGUGGUACAUAUAUAUGUCGAGCAUCAAGUUCAAAUGGUCAAUCAGAUAUUGCUUAUACUGCUUUAUUAGAAGUUUUAGAACCACCAAAAAUUAUUCAACGUCCAGAUUCAGUUAUUCGAAUAAAUCGUGGAGAAAGUGUAUCAAUUAAAUGUACGUUUCGUGGUCGACCUGAACCCAUAAUUAGUUGGUUAUAUAAUGGAGAAGAAAUAACAAUUAAUGGAUCGCCUGUUACAGGUGGUAUUUUAUCUCUUAAUCAACCUAAAGAAGGUAUUUAUCAAUGUAUUGGUCGAAAUCCAUAUGGUAUUACUCAAGCAAGUACUGUUCUUAUUUUUCCGAACAGUAUAAAGCCAGAAGAAAAACUCGAUCAAGAUAGUUCAUCAAAAAAAUCUUUAAUUGUUAUUGGACCAAAUAAUAUAACAGUUUAUGAAGGUGAAACAAUUCAAUUACAUUGUUUAACACAAACAGGUUCGACUGUUCAAUGGUUACAUAAUAAUGAAAUGAUUAAUUUAAAUUUAAUGCGUCGUUAUGAAAUGCUUCCAUCCGGUGGUUUACGUAUUGUAUCAGCACAAAAAUCUGAUAGUGGAAUAUAUGAAUGUGUUGCGUCAAAAAUUGGUUUCAGUACAAAUACAGCUAAAUGCUAUGUUCAUAUACAAGGUUUGGGAUUGAAUGUUCCUGAAAAAAAAACUCUUCCAUCAUCAACUCGUGGAGAAUUAAAACUUGAAAUUCUUGAUAUAAAGCAAGUAAAUAAUAAUGCCAUUGAAUUAUAUUGGAAAACAAGUGAAUUAAUUGAAUUAUAUAUUCAAAUUCAAUAUCGAUUAAAUACACCUAAAGUAACAUGGAUAAUUGAUGAAACUAUCUAUAAUAAUACAAUAACACAUGGUAUUAUAUCAAAUCUUGAAUAUGAUCAAACAUAUAAAUUUCGUCUUAUGGCUUUUGAUUCUAAUGGUAAACAAUUAACAUCAAGUUUACCAAAACGAUUUGCAUUAAAAUUUUUAAAUCAAUUUUAUUUACCUAUACCACAAAUAACUGAUGCAUGGAUAACAACAGACGGAAAAAUAAGUUUAAAAUGGAAAGUUAAUGAUUCAUUUAGUGAUGUUAUUGAUGGUUAUAUUAUAUAUUAUCGUUCAGUAAAUUCAAAUGAUAAUUAUACAACAAUAACAAUACCAAAUUUAGUUUAUCCAAUAACAGAUACAUUUACAAUAUCAUCAAUUGAAUUAAAUGAUAAAUAUGAAAUACGUAUGGCUACAUAUUCAAAUCGUGGUUUAAGUCCAAUGAGUAAUUCAAUUGAAAUAUCAUUACCAUCAUUUUCAACUCAACGUCGUUCGCAAAUUUAUCAAAAAAGUUCUUUAAAAAAUCUUGAUGAAAUUCUUGAAAAUAUUAGUAAAAUACAAAAUCCAACACGUAUUUUACAUGAUUUAGCAACACCGAUAUUAAAUUCAACAUCAGGACAUAAAAAUUCGGAUAUUCUUUAUUUAACUAUUGGUAUUAUAGCUGGAAUUUUAUUAAUUUUAAUCAUAAUACUUAUUGUUAUGUGUAUAUUAAGAAUUUUACAACGAAAAAAAUUUAUCGCUCAUGUUAAAUCUGUAAAUGGCUCCGAAUAUUAUUGUGAUGGAUUACAUAAAAGUUUAAAUCCUGAUUAUGCAACAACACCUUGUUUACAACAUGGUGUUGUAGCUGUUGAUGGAAAAUUAAUACCAUUUACUUAUCCAACAAAUAAAAAACAAACUAUUCUAUGGAAUGGACAAAAUCCUUUACCACAUAGUUCAACAGGAAUAACAACAACUGACAAUGGUACUAUGCGUUUAAAUACAAAUCCAAUGAAUCGUUUGGAAAAUGAAAAUACAACUGAUGCACAAGAAAAUUUUUAUCAUACAUUAACACCAUUUACUACAAACAGUCAAUAUGAAGAGCAUGCGUGUACACUUAAUCAACCAACUUUAUUUGGUUAUACAAGUGAACGUUCGAAUGUUUCAGCAUGUCCAAUUCAUCAUCAUAUAAUAAAUUAUCCAUCGGAUACAUUUCCUUUAAAAACUUCUUUAAAUAAUAAAGAUAAUUUAACAAAUAAAAAAGUUAAUGGUAUUGUUUUAUCAUCACAAACAAAUGGAAUACAAUUUCAUCAUUUACAUCAUCAUCAUGCAACAUGUCAACGACAUCAAAAAUCUAAACUUAUAACAACACCAAUUGUUAAUGAUAAUGAUCAACAAAAUGAUUUAUGUGAUCGAAGUUUUUCAUCAUCGUCAGCCGGUUGUACCGGCAGUGGUGGACAUUAUUGUACACAUUCAUCAAAUGAGUCAACACGUCCAUUAAUUAAUCCAAUUCCUCAUCAACAAACAAAUGAUAAUAAUGAAAAUUUUAAACAUUCAGCACCAUCAAGUACAGGUUCAUCAUCACAUUCAUCAAGUGGUAUUGGUUCAACAAUUGAAUCUCCUUAUAAUCAUUGGAAAUAUUUAACACCAUUAUCUGUAACAACCAAUGAUAAAAAUCAUUCGGUAUCAGAUAAUAAAAUUUUAUCAUCAUCAAAAGAACAUUCAGUAACAACGAAAAUAAUUGAGCCAGUGUCAAUAUCAUAA